AUGGAUUUGGACGGUUGGGGCCUGGGUAUAUUAAAAGUAGUGGUGGUGAUUUGGAUGGCGUAUAGAAUAAUGGUUGGUGGUGCUGGGAGGGAGAGAUUGGAUAGUAUGGGGUUAGUAUUGGGUGCUGGAUCUCGAGUGAGGAGUUGUAAAUUGGAUAAAUUGUGGGUUGUUAUGGAGUUGUGGACGGGAUUGUUGCUGUUGCGUGGUGUGAUGGGAUCGGAUGAGCUUGAGGAAAGUGUGAUGUUGGAUGAGGCAUGGUUACAGACUUGGCCGGCUCCGGAUAAAAUGAUUGGGCGUUUGAACUCACUUGGGUUCUAUUUUAAUGUUCAGCGCGAUUCCUUGUUCUUUAGACUAUACAUGCCUAGAGGAUUGAAUGAGGAUGACUCUGCUUCUAACCCGCUUGUAAGUUCGAGUGCUUUAUUGCAGAAUGUUCCUGUGUUUGUGGUUGUGUUUACGGGUGUGAGUAUUAGAUUUGAUUUGCCGAGGUAUUUAAAUGCAGAUAAGGCUAUGGCUGAUUUGGCUAUACUAAGAAAGAUUGCUGUUAUUUAUGGUGUAAACGUGACCUAUGGAGAGAUUUCUUGUGCGAAUGCGAAUCCAGAAUGUUAUCGGGAAAACGUGCAAGUUUUAUCUCGAGUUGUUAAUAUGUUUACUUGUGAAUCUCUGAGCAUUAAAGUGAAUAGUAGCUACGAACUUACUGCUCAAGAAAGACAGCAGUGCUUUGACGUGUGUUAUGCUGAGGCCCGGAAUACAGUUGCCCAUAUUUCUUCUAGUUUAGAUUGUCGGCUUACCUUUUCUUCCAAUGUGCAUGAGGGUUUGAUGGACUUUCUAUCUAGUGGUAUUGUUAUGUUGCGGCAGAUUUCAAAUGUUGGGCUGACCGGGUAUGAAUUCCAGGUUGCUUCUUCCCUUAGGAAAUUACCGCUGGCCAAGAAUUACACGGUCUGUUUUCAGUGGAUGCCUGAUGACGUCACCAUUGAUUGCAGUUUUCUUCAAGCGCCUUCUCCGCUAUGUAAACGGAUUGUUAUUGAUAAUAGUGAGUUCACAAAGUUAAAAGUAACAGGUCUUGAUGAAGCGGUUAAGCUUCACCCAAUGAUAGAUCUGACGAUAUCUUGGGAGCACCUCUGCCUGUUGGUUAAGAAUAAUGACACUAUGGUUCAAGUUUAUAGUAUCUCAGGCAUUGAUGCUGAGUUAUACUUGAACCAAGUUAUUGCUACAUCCUCCCAAAAGUCGCCCCCUCUUGAGCUUCGGGUCUUUGCUGCAGUGAUAUAUGUUGCUGUUGAUGUCUGUAUGCCAUGUAGAUCCUUGGCCCGUCAUAAGGAUCUAUACUCUGUGGAAACAUGUGCCCUGCGAGGAAUCUCAGUAGAUGAAUUUAAUGUCUUCUACUCUCCGGACCGAAUAGACCUGUAUCAGACACUAAAGGUGCUUAAGAAGAUCUCGGCUUUAACUACAAUACCAGCAGAUGUUUGUAAUGAAACUAUUGUAUGUUGCGGAGAAGAGUUAAGCAAACCAGGUUGGACGCUUAGUGAGGCUGUCAAUAUUGUUCUUAAUGGUGCCGAUGCAGACCGUAAAUUCGCGGACCAUCAAAACGCAAGGUUCUGCCAGAACAUACACUAUAGACUCAUUGAUAUUACUGCGGCUGGUAGUCCAUACCAAGGCCAGGUUCAAGUGUGCACUAAUCUUCUACGUGUUUUCCAGAACAUCACUGCCCGGCAGAUUAGUAUUACAGAUGUCCGUGAUCGGGUUUAUGAUCGGACCAAGUUUAAUAUAGAUACUCUAAAAAGCGAAAUGGCUGCCACCCCUAAAUACUAUCUUGACCUCCAGAAACUGAUACUAGAUAAUGUUGAUGAGUAUAUCAUUUAUUGGGUCUUGGGUAGUUACAACUUUGUCGGUUCGAUCAAAGUAUAUAUUCUAAACCAGCGCUUUACUAAUCUUGCCAUUGCCCAAGCCCUUUCUCUUCCUAUCGCUCAUAACAUCACAACGCUCGUAAUGGAUGACUUCAUAACAUUAAAUGAAGUUGGGCUGGAUGAAGCACAUGUGCCAAAGGAGGACUUCUCGCUAUUCCGAUAUAUAAGAGAAAAAGAAGGACAGAACCAAACCCACAAGGACCUUGGCCUAUACAAACUGAUUUUGAUGCAGCGUAAAGAGCCUUAUAGCCAGUAUGUUAGCGCCAUUACCCGGUUUUUGAACUAUGGUGUUAAUAUCAUGAAUCAUCCCUUUCAAUUCUACAUCAACAAUGUAGCCAACCGCAUUAAUGCUGACACAAUGGACAGAAGUAUGCUUGGCAUUUAUGAUAUCACCCCUGAGGAUCUGGCCACUGAUAUUGCCAAUUGCCAGCUAAAAACUCAAUCCCAAGACCAUUCAAUUCACAAGAACCCAGUCGAAAAGUUGUUUUUGAAUUUCGCUGAUAGCUACCAACUAACUGAAACAAACUUGUCAACAAUCCUGCAGUGGGUGAGUUGCCGGUUCAAACGGCUGAAUGUUUUGCAACUUUCUAGUGUUACCAUAUCCUCGCAAGAUUGGAAUAAUAUAACCUCGCGUAAAUACUUGGCUAUUGGCCUUGGUUUCGUCAAGGUUCUUUAUUUGACCAAAGCACAUCGGGAUUGGCGGGUCAAUCUAUUAAUUCAUCCAUGCCAAAACACUCUCUUAACCGCCGUCACUAAUCCUCAAGCCGACCUUAUAGUUGUGUCUGGUGCAAUACUGUCUUGGCUUUUCACUCAUCAGAAUACACCCGAUGAUCGUCUUGCUGAGUAUAUUGCCAUCGAGGCAUAUCUGCGAAUGAUUAUAACUGAUCUCCAAAGAAAUCCCACCGGUGUCUCGUGUUUGGCUUGCUGCUAUGAACUUUACGUGCCAAGUACAAGAACGGACGAGGAGGGACCGCUGGCCAAAAGACAGUCUAUCAGGUUCAGCGAAACAGACCACUUUAAGACCUUCUGCUACUUCAGGUGUGGCCACACACUCUGCAGUAAAUGUGCACUUCAAAUUAAGACGAAAUCAGUUAUUAGCUGUCCGACCUGCCGGGGACAGUAUGAGAUUAAGACUGUUCAUAGACUUAUAAGCAUUCCGUUCUCUAGUUUUGUCUUCAUCCAGGACAACAGCAGUGUAUCGGCCGCGAACCAGGCCUGGCUCGAUGCCAAGAAAGUGCGCGAUGGCCAGGUUUAUUUCUAUCUUUCCUAUGCAGAUAUGUUCGAUUUUGAAGCGGAUCAUGACCGAGAAGUAUGGUAUGAUAUGAAUCAAAAAGUCUAUGUUAUUUCGGGAUAA